AUGACCCCGCCAGCUUCAGAUGACGUGGAACCACCGCAGAUAGUGGUCUUGGACGGCGGAUUCUCGACUCAGCUCUCUUGUCACGUUGGUCACGUUAUUGACGGCGAUCCUCUAUGGAGUGCCCGAUUCCUUCACACACAUCCUAACGAAGUUGUCAAUGCACAUCUUGAUUUUCUACGCGCUGGGGCACACUUGAUAAUAACAAACACAUACCAAGCGUCUGUCGACGGAUUCGUGGAGCAUCUGGGAGUCACAGCUGAGGAAGGAUAUGAUCUCAUAAAGCGAGCUGCAGAACUGGCGAAAAAGGCACGUGAUCUAUAUAUGGAGGAAUAUGAAGAAUAUAUACAAACAGAUCACGCACCCAUAGUUGUGGGUUCUGUGGGGCCGUAUGGGGCACACCUUCACGACGGAUCUGAGUAUGAUGGCAGCUACGCCGACACCACUACAGUACAGUCAAUGCGCGAAUGGCACUUACCGCGGAUUCGUGCACUCGUGGAAGCUGGAGUGGAACUGCUGGCAUUGGAAACCAUCCCUUGUCAGGAAGAGGCAGAAAUGCUGUGUGAACUGUUACGAGAAUUCCCUGGUAUGAAAGCUUGGCUUUCAUUUAGUUGUAAGGACGACCAGAGCAUCGCCCACGGUGAAAGUUUUCAAAAGGUAGCGAAAAAGUGUUGGAACCUUAAUCCCGAACAGCUUGUAGCGGUCGGCGUUAAUUGCUGUACUCCGUCGUACGUUGGAAAAUUACUCAAGGGAAUCAAUGACGACCGGCCGGACGAUCCCAUACCAUUAAUUGUUUAUCCUAACUCAGGCGAAAAGUACAACCCACAGAUUGGGUGGAUUGACAGGGAUAAAUGCGAGCCUGUAGAAGUGUAUAUACAGGAAUGGCUGGAUAUGGGUGUGCGGUACGUAGGUGGCUGUUGCCGCACCUAUGCUGCAGAUGUUUCCAGAAUACGGAACCAGGUGCACUGCUGGCGGGAUCGCUGGCGUUUCCAGCACAAAUAUUCAAAGACUCAAAACUCUUAA